AUGCCAUCCGCGUGCAAAGACAAGAUGUUUGGUCCUUGGAACCGCAGCGAAAGUACGGGCAAUUUUGUGUAUCUUUCGAACAACAACACAGCCGACAGUCUGGCCAAGAUGUUCUCCCGCACGGCACCAUCGAGUCCUCGUUGGACACCGUACGGAUCGCGGCACAAUUCACCCCCGGCGCCGAGUUCUCCGUUAUCGUCCUCACCACCGACAACUCUGCGCCGGAAUUACUCCAGCACCUUUACGCUUAUUCCGGAAGAUCGCGAAUUGGACACCGUACCGAUACAGGUUGCACCAAAACCGGAUCCUGGCACAACAAACGAUCCCGAUCAUGCCACUCGAAGACGCGGCCUAUCGAACGGACGCAUCCUGGUACGGCUCGUCCUGUGGUGGCCAUUGCUACUGAUCGCCGUAGCUCAACGGCUGCUCGGGUGUUGUAUGCAGCUCGCCUGGAAACCGUUCCUGAUGGCAGCACCCGCCUUCUGGCUGUCCGCGUUCCUAUGGAUGUUCUGGAAGCUGAUCGCGUUACCCCUGGCCGGGUUGAAGUGGGCCUUGGUCGCGCUGCACACACCAGCCCACGAGCGUAACCGCCGGAAGCGUACGAUCCUGCUGAGCUGUGGCAGUACCAUCCAAACGCUGCAUUUGGCACGCAAUUUCUACAAAUCCGGAGCACGCGUGGUCGUGUUCGAGUUUGAGGGUUUGUUCGCGCUCGCACGCUUCUCAACGGCGGUCAGCAAAUUCUACGCCAUUCAGCGCCCAACACCGGAAACGGCCAGCGAGUACGUGGCGGCGUUGUGUGAGAUCGUGGAGAAGGAACAACCAACGCACUACAUCCCGGUGUGUGCGACCAGUCCGGCACACUAUGAUGCUCUUGCGAAGCCACACCUAGAGCUACGUGGGUGUUCCAGCUUUAUACCGGGUGCACAAGAAACGUCCGUGUUGGAUGACAUCCUGCAGGUGAUACGCAAGUGCGAAGCGAACGAAAUCGCCCUACCACCGCACCAGAUCGUAUCGUCGAAAGAGGAACUGGCCCGGUUGUACGAUAGCGGCUGGUUGGGUGGCUUCCGGAACGUGAUGGUCGCAUCCGGUGGGCUUGGGUUGCUCGAACGGCGCAAGUACGUGUUGCCGGUGCAGCGGCGUGACCUUCGGCUUGGGUACGAGGUGAGCGAGGCACAGAAGUGGGUCGUGAUACGGGACGUGCCUGGUUCGCACUACGUCACCUGCACGACCGUCAAGGAUUCGGCCGUGAUCGCGAACGUGACGUGCGCAAUUCAGGAGGACACGCGCAGCCUCGUGCCGGAGCAGAACGCCACCAUCGACCAGUGGUUGCGGGAGUUCUUCCGCCGGAUACGGUUGCAGCGACCGAUCAACGGGCAUGUCAGCUUCCGGCUGGUGAAGUGCCAGUGUAGCGGUCAGAUCCUGCCGCUGGGCAUUCGUGUCGGUGUGUCGCUGCCGUACAUCUGUUAUACUGGCGUGCACUCGCGUGUCCUGUGCAAACCGUGUCCGCAUUUUAGUCGUCAAAAUUCGGGCCCACUGGUGCAGGAAGGUGGCCGGUAUUGGAUCCAUGAGACGGUGAUGAAUGCCCUUCGGCGGCCGAGCGUGGAUGCGGUCCAGCAUCUGAUCGGGACGGUGAUCGAUCAGCGGGAGGCACUGUUCGUGUACUGGGAUCCGUUGCCGUAUUGCGCCUAUUAUCACUUCCAGCUACCGUUCAACUCCGUCAAGCGGUUCCUGCACCGGCGGCAAGCUUCACGAUCCGCCAUGACCAGCAUGCCUCAUGCAGGACCGGUGCAGUGAGAACAUGGCGCGCAGGAUACCCGGAGUUCGAAGUUGUGCAUGGAGUGGAGCAAGGGGGUGGCACGGGGU